AUGGCUACCCCUCAUGUUUCGUGGAGCGCAGCUGCUAUUAGGUCUGCACUGAUGACCACAGCUAACCCCGUUGAUAAUUCCAAACGUCCAAUUAGAGACCAAGGUUUCAAUUUUACGGUUGCUUCGCCUCUCGCUAUGGGGGAUGGGCAAGUGGAUCCGAAUCGAGCACUUGAUCCGGGUAUGAUUUAUGAUGCAACGCGGCAAGACUACAUCAAGAGAAUUUUUGCUAUUACUAGAUCAAACAAGUAUACAUGUGACAACGCAUCGUCGGAUCUUAUAAUGGACAAGCAAUAA